CCCCACCCCGUGCCCCGCUCCUCCCGCCACUGCCAGCUCUAAGAUGCCCCGCUAUGAACUGGCUUUGAUCCUGAAAGCCAUGCAGAGGGGUUGGUACAGUAGGCCUCACUAAACUUAGCUGCAACUAAGAAUUUCUCCUACAUCAACUGAGUUAAGGCUGAUGCUCUUGUGGAAUGUGGAUUAAAAGUGCGUGCUAAGUUCCCAAAUUUGAGAAGCGGAGAAAAGUAAAUGUACCACUGCCACCAGCAUCAGGACAGCAAACCAAGGGACAAAGAAUUUGACCCGCUGUGUUGAUUUUGGUUAAAACUGGUUCACGUGGUGCUUAAGAGACGUUGGCUGGGGGGCGAGAAGUGGACGUCAGCGAAGGCUUUUUGGUUACAAAAUGAGGGCUUCUUUGGAGCCAGCAGACAUUGCCAUUGUGGCCCUGUACUUCGUGCUUGUAAUGUGCAUAGGUUUCUUUGCCAUGUGGAAAAACAAUCGGAGCACCGUGAGUGGCUACUUUUUGGCAGGGCGUUCUAUGACCUGGGUAGCUAUCGGGGCCUCGUUGUUUGUGAGCAAUAUUGGAAGUGAACAUUUCAUUGGGCUCGCAGGAUCUGGAGCGGCGAGCGGAUUCGCCGUAGGCGCGUGGGAGUUCAACGCCUUAAUGCUUUUGCAGCUUUUGGGAUGGGUCUUCGUGCCAGUCUACAUCCGCUCGGGAGUGUACACCAUGCCCGAAUACUUGUCCAAGCGGUUCGGAGGGCAUAGGAUUCAAAUCUAUUUUGCAGCGUUGUCUCUGCUUCUUUAUAUCUUCACCAAACUCUCGGUUGACUUGUAUUCGGGGGCGCUUUUUAUCCAAGAGUCCCUAGGGUGGAACCUCUACCUGUCGGUGAUCCUGCUGAUCGGAAUGACGGCGCUGCUGACCGUGACCGGAGGGCUGGUGGCCGUCAUCUACACGGACACCCUCCAGGCGCUGCUUAUGAUCAUCGGGGCCCUCACACUCAUGAUCAUAAGCCUCAUGGAGGUCGGUGGGUUUGAAGAAGUGAAAAGGAGGUACAUGUUGGCGUCACCAAACAUCACCUCCAUCCUCCUCACCUACAACAUCUCCAACACCAACUCCUGCAACGUCAGCCCGAAGCCCGACUCCCUCAAAAUGCUGCGCGAGCCGACGGACGAAGACAUUCCCUGGCCCGGGUUUCUGCUGGGACAGACCCCGGCCUCGGUGUGGUACUGGUGCGCCGACCAAGUCAUAGUGCAGAGAGUUCUGGCCGCCAAAAACAUCGCUCACGCCAAAGGCUCCACCCUCAUGGCCGGCUUCUUGAAGCUGCUGCCCAUGUUCAUCAUCGUGGUGCCGGGGAUGAUCUCCCGCAUCCUGUUUGUGGAUGACAUCGCCUGCAUCAACCCCGAGCACUGCUUCCAGGUGUGCGGGAGCAGGGCCGGCUGCUCCAACAUCGCCUACCCGCGCCUGGUGAUGAACCUGGUGCCCGUGGGGCUGCGCGGGCUCAUGAUGGCCGUGAUGAUCGCCGCCCUGAUGAGCGACCUGGACUCCAUCUUCAACAGCGCCAGCACCAUCUUCACGCUCGACGUCUACAAGCUCAUCAGGAAGAGCGCGACCUCCCGGGAGCUCAUGAUCGUGGGCAGGGUGUUCGUGGCCUUCAUGGUGGUGAUCAGCAUCGCCUGGGUGCCCAUCAUCGUGGAGAUGCAGGGCGGGCAGAUGUACCUGUACAUCCAGGAGGUGGCGGAUUACCUGACCCCGCCGGUGGCCGCCCUGUUCCUCAUGGCCAUCUUCUGGAAGCGCUGCAACGAGCAGGGGGCUUUCUACGGCGGCAUGGCCGGGUUCGUCCUGGGCGCCAUCCGCCUGAUCCUGGCCUUCUUCUACCGCGCUCCCGAGUGCGACCAGCCGGACACCAGGCCCGGCUUCAUCAAGAACAUCCACUACAUGUACGUGGCCACGGCCCUGUUCUGGAUCACCGGGGCCGUGACGGUCGUGGUGAGCCUGCUGACGCCGCCGCCCACCAAGGAGCAGGUCCGGACCACCACGUUCUGGGCCCUGUGGAAGCGCGGCGCGCCGGAGAGCGCCGGCAAGGGGGAGCUGUACCAGGGGCAGGAGAAGAGCAUCCUCAAGUGCAAUGAGAACGCCAACCACAUCAUUCCCAACGGGAAGUCGGAGGAGAACAUUAAGAACGUGAAGCCGGAGGAUAUCAACCUCCUGGUGACGUGCAGGGAUGACAGCAACCCGGUGAUCUCGGUGAGCCACUCCGAGGUGGAGACGCCCGUGGAUUGUUACUCCAACGGACAGGCCGCCCUGAUGGGGGAGAAAAAGCACGAGGAGGAGGAGGGGACUGACAACAGGGCGAGACAUUUGAAAUUCAUAGAUUGGUUCUGUGGCUUUAAAAGUAAAAACGUAAACAAGAGAGUGGUUCGGGAGGUCGAGGAGGAGACUGUUUGUUUACAAAUGCUGGAAGAGACUCCAAAAGUUAAACUAUUACUAAAUACUGGACUGGUCUGUGUCUGUUCCCUUGGAAUCUUCAUGUUUGUCUACUUCUCUUUGUGAGUGAAUAGUGAACUUUUAAGGGUAUGGCUUAAACAUACAGAAGUUGAUACAGGUCUCUGGAGAUUUUUGGUUUUUCCUUUCUUUUCAAACAACAUAACCACAACCCAGGCAUUGUUUACGCUAUAAUUGUAAGGUCAACUCAGCUUUAGCCUAUUUCGAGACCAUUUGAGAUGUGUUGUCCUCCCUCUGCUGAAAGCAGAACCUGUCCUGUGGUGGCUUUUU